AUGUCGUCGGGACUCCCUUCCGACGAAGUCGCGGAGGACUACAAGAACUCAUUAGAAGAUUUAACGACAAAUGACAAGUUCCAGAUCAGCAAUUUGACCGUCAUAGCUAAGGAGAACACAGAACACGCCAUGGCAAUAUCACGAGUCUUGGAGAAUCAUAUUCGAACAACACCGCCAUCUCAAAAACUACCUGCUCUGUACGUAGUCGACAGUGUUGUGAAGAAUGUAGGAACACCCUACACUCUCUUCUUGGGCCGGAAUCUUUACCAGACCUUUAUGAACGCAUACACUUUGGUCGACCAGCAAACGCGAAGAAAGUUGGAUGAGAUGCUCAAGACUUGGAAGGAGCCUGUUCCUGGUUCUUUAGACCCUCGACCUGUGUUUCCGGUGGAUAUUACUCGCGGCAUCGAGAAUGCGCUAAUAAAAGCCAGAACUGCUGCACUACAACAACAGCAACGACACCAACCACAAGAUGUGCUUGCCCGAGGUCGGAAUUCUGCAACACCUCCGUCUUGGACACAUACCCCUACUCCUCCACAGGGUGUACAGCACAGAUAUCCAGCAGGUUCCCAAGCAGGACAUCCGCAAGGACAUGGAUCGGAGUCACAUACCCCUCAGCAGGGCCAAAACGUAGACCUUGCGACACUUCAUCGUGAUAUAGAAAACCUGAUUGGCACUGCACGAGCAGAGUUUGCUGCCAAUCCUUUCGAUGUUUCGAUUCAACAGCGUCUGAAAGCAUUGUUAGAUCUUCAAGCAAUUCUGCAACGUCAGCAACUCUCUCCAGACCAACUCAAGCUUGUCAGAGAUCAAGUCUCGGCUUUAGCUCCACCGAAACCUGUAGCAGCUCAACCAUUUCCUCAUCCAAAUCUAUCUAUCCCGAAUAUAUCGACGCCGCCGACUCAACCAGUCCCACAAGCCACACCUCAGCCUAAUCUAGCAGCUUUACUAAACCCGAACACGCUUGCCAGUUUGAUUCAGGCAACAGCAAACCGCCAGCAAUCAACUCCUCCGCCAGCUGUUGGCGGUAUGGUUCCCCAGGUUCAACCAUCCGCUGUUCCCCAGCCUACCGCAACCCCAGUAGGUGACAAUCCUCUCAUUGCCUCACUCAGAGCACGGGGACUUCUUCCUCCCGUAUCCAGCACGGGAACGCCUCCAACGGGGACUUCCUUUAGUCUCCCUUUGCUUGUUCCCGGACAGACUCCGCCAGCAUCGGUUUCUACACCGCAAAGUGCGACAGACAUAACGAUCAAUGUUCAUAUGAGCACAGCUUCUAUUAAAAUUCCUCGCCCAGUUCUGAUAAAUAGUCUCUACGAUGCAAAAAGCAACCGCUGCGGCACUUGUGGACGACGGUUUACUAAUACAGAAGAAGGCAAACAGAAAAAGGCUCGACAUUUAGAUUGGCAUUUCAAAACCAACCAACGUAUGACGGACUCCAUCAAACGAGGACAGAAUCGGAGUUGGUAUGUCGAUGAAAGGGACUGGAUCAAAUCACGCGAAUUCGACGACGACAGCGGUGUAACAGGGACCGGAGCUGGUGGCAGUGGCACCGCUGCCGAGGAAGAAGCCGCAAAGAAGCAACCACAAAAGCAAUGGAUCCGCGCCCCAAAUGAUGUUACGCUACGAAACGCACCAUGUCCAAUUUGUCAGGAAAAGUUUGAGUCGACGUGGUCAGAAGACGUGCAGGACUGGAUUUGGCAGGAUGCACUCAAAGUAGGGAAUCGUGUUUAUCAUGCUAGUUGUUACGCGGAAGUUACCAAGGAUGGUCCUGCUGCUCGUGCAGGGACUCCUUCGGUGCGUACAGGUACACCGGACUCUGUGUUAGGGAAGAGAAAGGCUGAGGUGAUUGCCGUCGUUCAAGUUGGAGCUUAA